UCCCCUCCUGCUCAGCAGUGUGCUGCAGACAAAAGGACGCAGAGCCGGGGGGAGGGAAGGAUGCUCCGCGCCACAUCCCGCGGAGGCAGCUCUCUGGACGGCGGGCGGGUGUCGCUGCUCCCCCGGCCUGAGUAUGCGCCGAGCUGCAGUGCGGACUGACAGGGCGGCAGCCACAGCAUCCUUAUGGGAGACAAGUUAAGGCUGCAUCACAUGAUACCUCCCAGUCCCUACUUUUCUCCAUUACUCCGCUGACGAAAGCUGCUGCCAACAUGAGUUCCUCUCCGCUGGGUUCCCGAGCCAACAUGGACAUCCUGGAUGAGCUGCAGCUGAUUGCUGCCCAGAAUCUUGAGAGGCUGGAAGUGAAUAAGUACUACGAGGUGAUCAGAGAGCUGGGCAAGGGCACAUACGGAAAAGUGGACCUGGUCAUCCACAAGAUUCGAGGUACAAAAAUGGCUUUGAAGUUUCUAAAAAAGAAGACGACAAAGUUAAAGUCUUUUCUGCGGGAAUACAGCAUCUCCCUCUACAUGUCACCCUGCCCCUUCAUCAUAAACAUGUUUGGCAUCGCCUUCGAGACAGAUGAGUACUACGUGUUUGCACAGGAGUACGCGCUGGCAGGAGACCUCUUUGAUAUCAUCCCACCACAGGUUGGUCUACCUGAGGCCAUAGCAAAGCGCUGUGUACACCAAGUAGCCAUUGCCCUGGAUUAUCUUCACUGCAGGAAGCUGGUCCACAGGGACAUUAAGCCGGAAAAUGUCCUCAUUUUUGAUAGAGAGUGCAGAAAAGUGAAGCUGUCUGAUUUUGGAAUGACCCGUCGAGCCGGCUCACCUGUGAAAAGAGUGAGUGGCACUAUCCCCUACACAGCCCCCGAGCUUUGUGAUGCUUCCCGCCAUGAGGGCUUUUGUGUAGACUACAGCACUGAUGUGUGGGCUUUUGGGGUGCUGCUGUUCUGUAUGCUGACUGGGAACUUCCCGUGGGAGAAGGCCAUGCCAUCUGACACCUUUUACCAGGAGUUCAUCCGCUGGCAGAGAAGAAGGACGAGUGCUGUGCCCUCCCAGUGGAGGCGCUUCACCGAGCAGGCGCUCCGCAUGUUCCGCCGCCUGCUGUCCGUGGAGCAGGACCGCCGCUGCUCUGUCAAAGAAGUCUUUAGCUACUUUAGUCACUCCUGGAUGCUGGAUGCAGAAAAUGACAACAACAAUUGCAGCACAGGAAGUGGAGGAGGAGGAGAGAGGAUUGAUGGAGGGAAAAGAGAAAUUGGAGGGAGUGUGCAAGGGGAGGUGGAAGGUACCAACUCUGCAUCGUCAUCAGGUGAAGAAGAUGAGGAGCUGCUGGUUGAAAGGAUGAAGCAGCAGACUCUGUCAUCCCAUUCUCCCAUGGCAGUGGAGAGGGGAAGUGGUGGCGCCACCAAAGGAGGGAUGAAGGAAUCCGUCCAUCACUUUGUGUCUGUUUCCACCACCAGCUCCGUGUCGUCCACCAACAGUUAUGAGCGCAUCCCGCGGGAGACCGGCUCGCCGGGGGGCCGGAUGCUGGUGGCAACACCCAUUGAAAUUUGUGUCUGAGGUGGCCAGGAGCUUGCACUUUAAUACCUCCCCUUCAGUUAGGUAGCUGUGCAUGCGUUGAAAAGAAGACUCAAGUUUCUUUAAGCUCAUUUUGACCAGAGCAUCUUUGCUGGAAGCACACAUUUCCUGUAAGGAAAGGUCGUUUACACUGAAAACUUAGCGAUGUCUGUGUUAAAAUACCUUACUGUUAAAAAAAAAAAAAAAAAAAAAAAAAAAAAAAAAAAAAUAGAACUC